CUUACCUCCCUACCAUGCCAAUAAUACCAGGCAUCAAUAUAUAUACAGCCUCAAGAAUUGUAGCCGAACUGAGCACUCAAAGUACUCCUCUAAGCGGGCUAGUUGGUAAUAUAACCCCUGUCAAAACGCUCUCCUGGUCCUCCGGAGCUCUUCGGAAUCUUCCAUCGAGAUCCAGAACCCCGGGUCUGUUGUCUAUGGAUCAUUCAAUAGUGACGAAGUAAU